UGGUCAACGGUCGACCACCAGUCGGAAUGGUCGGAAGGUCAGGCGGGACGGCGACGUGUUGAGGCGCAUUUCAACUCGCAUCCUUAUCGUCCCGUACGAGUUUUUGAUGCGAGUGAGUGUUUCGAGAAUAGCGUGAAGUGUCGAAAGUGAAGUGAAAUGCAACGAAGCUGUACGCAGUUUGAAGCGUUUGAAGUGACAGCUAAGAGCCGAAUGAUUCCGAACAAUUUCGAAUCAAACCGAUGUGGCUGGUAGUUCCCCCUUACCGCUAAUCUCAGCGCCCUCCUUGUCUUAUCUAACGGUAUAAGCCGUCUACCUUUAGUCUAUGGACGAUGUAGGCACACCGGGUACACAGGUGCUACUCGUUUACUGUUCAUUUUCAACGCAGCCACGCAGACGACUUGCACACAAUGGCGAAAUAACCCGGGUUAAUUGUAUCUCUCCGUCGUUAUCGUUUUGUCAGUACUAUCGGUGAUACGUGGUGUAACACAUUCAUCAUGGGAAGCACGGAUACUACGGCGAAGUUGAUGAACGACAACCACGAGAUCGACGAGUAUGGAACUAACCUAAAGAUUCUACCCUGCAACAACCAGGUGAAAGAGUUGCAAACCAUUUUGCGGGACAAGAAUACUACGAGGAGUGAUUUCAAGUUCUACGCUGACCGUUUGAUCAGGCUAGUUAUUGAAGAGAGUUUAAACCAAUUGCCUUUUACAAAAUGUGUGGUGACAACUCCAACCGGUGCCAAAUACAAAGGUUUAAAGUAUCAGAAGGGAAAUUGUGGUGUAUCUAUAGUAAGAAGCGGAGAAGCUAUGGAACAGGGUUUAAGAGAUUGUUGUCGCAGUAUCAGAAUUGGUAAGAUAUUGGUAGAAAGUGAUAUGGACACACAUGAAGCUAGAGUAGUUUAUGCUAAAUUCCCGGAUGAUAUAUCUGAGAGGAAAGUCUUGUUGAUGUAUCCAAUAAUGAGUACAGGAAAUACUGUCAUAAAAGCUAUAGCUGUGCUAAAAGAACACAAUGUACUUGAAGAAAAUAUUAUCCUGUCAAAUUUGUUUUGUACACCGAUUGCAGCCAAAUCUCUAGUCACUGCCUUUCCUAAGAUGAAGAUCUUAACGUCAGAGAUCCAUACUGUUGCGCCAAAUCAUUUUGGACAAAAAUAUUUUGGCUGUUCUCGUGUUGUAACGGAGACACCAAAUAUACAAGAGAAAGAUAAUUGAGGAUGUAGUAUCAUUAAACCUCAAUUGAAUUGAUCAAAUAACAAAUUUAUCUAUAAUAAAAUGAAUGUUAUAACAACUUGUACAGAAUAAUCUGAUUAUGCACUAUUUUUUACUUGAGAAAGGGUAAAGAAUAUUUUUAGAUAUUGUAUACAUCAAGAAGUAUAUUUUACGCGUAGUUAGUUUUUAUAUCGCUUUUAAAAGAAAUUCAGUAUAUACUCUGCUUUAAACUUGUUAUAGAUUUAUAUCCAUAUAUUUGAGUUUCUAUCAUGUAUACUUACCUUAUUUAAUAGAAAACAGAGUUAAGCAAAAUCUCAAAAUAUAUUGUUAUGUUAUAGAUCAUAUAAUAUUUAAAGUUUGAUACAAUAUGUUAGAAAUAAAUUCUGAGGAUAUAUAAACGGAAUCUUAAACUUGAAUCAUUGUAUUUAUUAGUAAAUUCUUGUAUGCAUGUAACAAUGAUCGCUGUUGAUCCAUAUAUAUAUAUAAUACAUAUAUAUAUGUAUAUACAUGUACGUGUGUCUGCUUGUGUGUGUAUAAUGAAUAUUAUUUUUGUAAAUAUGGCUAUAUCUAAAGAUUAUAUAUCUUCAAUAUAUGUUAAAAUUUAUUUUAA